AUGCACGCUAAAGCAGUUGUUUGUUUGCUGAUUUUAACAACUGCUCAGUGCUGCGGUUCGACGGACGCUUCAAACACAACUGACCCGCAAUGUGCCCGUCUUCUGAAUCGGGUGCGAUGUGGAUCACUUAAUUUGAAAUCUCCUGAAAUUUUGCUGCCCGGUCGUGAAGCGGAAGCACUCAAAGGGGAGUUUCCGUGGCAUGCGGCCUUGUUGCAUCGAGAAUUCCGUUCAGUCAAGUUUACGUACAGCUGUGGAGGAUCUUUGAUCAAUGAAUGGUUCGUGUUAACGGCUGCACACUGUUUGAUCAAUCAGAACAAUGGUAAUCCGAUGGCUACUGGAGAUAUUCUUGUUUUAUUGGGAGCUCAUGAACUGGACAAGGAGGAUAACUGUGUGCAAACAAUGAGACUUCAACAGAUACACAUCCAUGAAGAAUAUAGUUUAGAUAGCCACAAACAUGACAUAGGAUUGGUGAUGUUUAGCGAGCGCGUCAUAUUUACGCCUCGAGUGUUGCCAGUUUGUUUAGAUAUUUGCGAAACGGAAGAGCCUAACUUCUAUCAACAAUACGGAAAAGUGGCCGGGUGGGGUUUUACAGAAAAAAACGCACUCUCCGAUUGGCUGCGGAUGACCGAGCUGCCAAUUGUUGACUAUUCCAGAUGCUUGACUAGUAAUCCGACGAUAUUUGCGAACACGAUCUACGAGGGCAUGUUUUGUGCUGGGUUUGCUAACGGAAUGAGCAUUUGCAAUGGAGAUUCCGGGGGAGGUUUGGUUACCUUCACAAGAAAUCGGUGGAUACUGCGAGGAGUCGCUUCAUUUACGGCCUUGCGUUCGGAAGCAAGCAAUGUUUGUGAUGCUAAACAAUACGCUGGAUUCAUCAAGGUUCAAUAUUACCGCAGGUGGUUGAAAAGUCUGUUACGCCUAAAAAACGAAGCAACCAUGAAAUAUUUUCCUCAAAACAUUGAAAGCAUCUGUGGUCCCAACAAUUGUGGUGAAAGGAAAAUAAAUAAACGAAGUCUUAUUGUCAAUGGAAGGCGAAGCUUUGCGGGAGAAUGGCCAUGGCAGGUGGCCAUAUUUUCCGUUAGAGGUGGCAACAAAACUUUUUUUUGUGGUGGAAAUCUUAUAAGUGAUUUGAUCGUGUUGACGGCAGCACAUUGUUUGAAUGGCGUUCAUAGAUCUGGUGUGAAAAAACUGGUAGUAGUGCUGGGUGAAAACAAUCUGAUUGAAAGCUCUGUCCACAUGCAAGAAGUACUAGUUCGAACUGCAAUAUAUCACCCGAAAUAUAAUCGAACGAUAAAAAUAAAUGACAUAGGCCUGCUAGAACUAGCUACACCAGUACAGUUUAAUGAUUACAUCCAGCCGGUAUGCUUGCCGAGGAAGAGUGAUUUGAAUUUGUCUCUUUAUGGAUCUUCUGGAACGAUCCUAGGUUGGGACGACCCUGAUGAUUCUAUCGUACUUCGUUCUACAACUACUCCUGUUGUAGAAGGUCACAAUUGUGUUUGGAGCGAAGUUAUUGAAAUUGAGACAGUCGGAAAUAUUUGUACUGGACCCGCAGCAAAUGAUUCAUACAUUGAAAAUGGCGAUUCCGGUGGAGGAAUGCUCUUCGAGAAGGAUGGUAAAUGGACUGUUCGGGGAAUUAUAGCAACAACAAUAAAAGAUACGUUUACAAUAAUGACCAAUACGGCUUUCUUUUUGGAUUGGAUCAAACGAGAGACCGAAGCUGCAGAUCAACGUACAACCGAGAGGAAAACAAGUGAUUUUGAUUUUGAGCUGCGAUAUAAUCCUUGAAACGAUUUCAUAUGGAAACUUUUUUUCUCAUAGGGGAGAGACCACUGCGACCGGUAAUUGAUCUAUUGUGGUAAUUACCCCGCGUUAAUAUAUGCUAUCAGGCUCACCUGCACUAUGGGUUAAAGUGACAGUUGAUUGCUGACUAAGGAUUUUAUCCCAAUCGGGGCUGCAGUGUUAAACAUGAUCGGCGAUUAACACUCAAGAAUUCAAAAUCUUUCCUAACAAUGCAGUAUAUUCGACCUGAUGAGACACUCAACAAAUAAAAGAGGUAAAAUUACAGUUACCAUUUGUCCAACCUAAGGAUGGCCCUACGCGGCUCUGGUCCACCUUAAACAAUUUGUUCCCUGUUCAAGCUGUUGGCGUUAGGCUGUCGCGAGAUAUUGACAAUCUUACUGAAACGCAUACCUGGGGGAGCAGCAUCGAAAGUGGAUUUUUCGAGGACCGCUGCUAUCUGCUUAGCAAUAUCACAAAAUACUCAGCUUGAUCCCAGACCCGAGUCAGAAAAACGAAACAUCUUGGAGGCGUAAAAGAAUAAACGCAUCUCUGCUCCUAUCGCUAAUCCGCGCACCACAUGGAUAGAGAAUAUAUUUUCGGAAACAACACAACAGAAUUUUAUUAACACCAACUAUAUCUAGAUAAAUAAUCGAGAAAUUCUCAUGAAACGGUGUUUUACCACCGAAAAUAUUUUCCAUUUGUUUUCUGUUUUUGUUUGGUCAGCACGCUGAAAAAAUUAUGCAUUAAAUCUGUUUCAAUAUUUUGAUUGUUUCGUCUUAUUGAAAACGUUAAGUCCAUUCGAACAUAUCCUUGGCAAUGAGCUUGACUCAACCCAGGGACUUCAAACAUAGUUGGCAAGGAGAUUUACUGUACUUAAGAUGUUUGUUUUUUGUUUGUUUACAUUAAUUAGUUCAUGAUACUUAUGAACUUGGUUAUGAGCUGAACUUUACUCGAUUUGACAGAUAUAGUUCUUUUCGAUGAACUGAACUCUACUCAGAUGUUUUUCUGUUAACUGUUAAAAAAGAUCUUGAAAUAUGCUUGGCAAGGAGCUAAACUCUACUCAAGCUGAUGAACAUAUCCUGUUAAGGAGCUAGACUCUACUCAAGAUGUUCAACUUUCAAUAUCUACGAAAUAUCCAUAAUUGUGACCUUAGCAAGGAGCUUAACUCUACUCAAAGAUUGAUUUUUCUCAUUUUUAAAAUAUGCUUGGCAAGGAGCUGAACUCUACUCAAGCUGUCGAACAUGUCUCUUGGCAAGGAUCCUAAAACUCUACUCAAGAUGUUAAACUUUUGAUAUCUACGAAAAAUCCAUCAUUGUAACCUUGGCAAGGAGCUUAGCUCUACUCAAGGUUUGAUUCUUUCAGUUCAUUCUUUAAAUACGCUUGGCAAUGAGCCGAACUCUACUCAAGCUGUCGAACAUAUGUCUUGACAAGGAGCUUAACUCUACUCAAGAUGUGCAACAUUUUAUAUCGAAAAAAUCAAUUGUUAUGACCUUGGCAAGGAGCUUUAUUCUACUCAAGGUUUGAUUAUUUUUGCAAAAGAUUGGUCUACAUUUCUGUAUGAAAUAAACUUCUUGGUAAUGAGCCGAACUCUACUCAAGAAACACUUUAUUUUGAGCAAUAUAUUUACAGGGGCUUUUGUGGAAUUAAGUAACAUUUUAUCAAAGCGAUAAUGAUCAUAUGUAUUGAACAUUUCAGAUCAUAUCACCCACUAAUUUUAGUUGUACAACUGUUCGGAUAUUAUUUUUAAUUUUCUUUUUUUUUCAGUUUUGUUUAGAAAAGAAAAUUAUUAACAAUAAACAGCCAAAUAUAGUACUACUGUAUGUACAAUACAAACUUACUACACUAUUCAGAACCAAUUUUCUAUUUAUUUUUUUCUCAACAUUUCAUUUAUUGCAGUUCAAAAUUCCUGUGAAAUUUACCUGCUAAUUUUUUUUCAGUGCCAUAAAAAUGCAAAGCCUCAUUGAAUUAUUCUGAUUUGAUGGAAUAAAUAAAUUGCAACGUUUCCAGACAUACAUACCGGCUCUGUCGGCCUUACUUCUCCUGGCAGGAUCGCCAAUGUAAUAUCCGGUACUACGCAACAGAACUAUUAACCGUGUUUAUUUCACUCCGUAAAAUGCACCUCACGUUUCUGCUCUUCUUUUACACACUGAACUAGGAGUAACCAGUACAGGUUAGAUGUUAACAACUUCGGGAUGCCACAUUCUUAAGGUUCCGCUUGACAAUAGCCAAGUAUUUCUCAAUUGGGCGGAGCUCUGGCGUGUUGGGAGGGUUCUUGUCCUUGGGAACUACCUGCACGUUGUUGGCGACGUACCACUCCAUGGCCUUUUUACCGUAAUGGCAAGAUGCCAAAUUCGGCCAAAACAGUACGGAACAACCGUGUUUCUUCAGGAAAGGCAGCAGACGUUUAUUCAAACACUCUUUCACGUAAAUUUCUUGGUUGGCAGUCCCGGAAGCUAUGAAAAUGCUGCUUUUCAAGCCACAGAUACAGAUGGCUUGCCAAACCAGAUAUUUCUUCGCGAACUUUGACAGUUUCGUGUGCUUGAAAAUAUCUUCUACCUUUCCCCUUCUUUUUGCCGUAUAAAACUACUGUCUCGGAAGCUGCUUGUAGUCGGCUUUGACGUAGGUUUCGUCGUCCAUUACCACGCAGUCAAACUUCGUCAGCAUCUUCGUGUACAGCCUCCGGGAUCGCGCUUUGGCCGUCAUAUUUUGUUUAUCAUUGCGAUUUGAAGUCACUACCAUCUUGUAAGUCGAUAGUCCGGCUCGUUUUUUGGCUCGAUGCACAGUUGUAGACGAUACACCCAGCUUAUUUGCGGCAUCUCGGAGAGAGGGGUUAGGGUUUCGCUUGAAACUACCGGCAAAUCUCUUUGUCGUAUCAGCGGCUUCCGGUUUUCGAUUUCCCCCAGAUCCAGACUUCCUGGCUGUCGACAAACGUUCCCCAUACACUUUAAUUAUAUUUGUAACGGUUGAUUUGGCAACUUUUAUCGAUUUUGCCAGCUUUGCGUGCGAGUAGCUGGGAUUUUCGCGAAGCGCGAGCUAAAUUUUGAUACGCUGCUCUUCUUCCUUGGACGGCAUUUUGACAACUGAAGAGUGAAUUUCUAAAUCAAAAUAGGAGCAACAUUCUACACACACACACACCUUCAUAAUUAGGGGUGUUUAGGUUUUUUAAAUUCAAAAUUGAAAGAAAUACGUCAAGUUGAUAUUGACCAAAUUUUGACCGUAUCACCCUUUAGCAAACAAAGUGAAUAAAUCCAGGAUAAAUCAAGGCUAUUUUCAACUAAAACUGGGCAUCCGGGCCGGACUGGGAUUUUCCAAUUUUAGUAUCAAAUAUCCGACCAAGUCCGGAUAAGACUGGGCAAUCUGGUAAGCUUAGUGUUGUUUGUAUAGGAAAAUUUAAUUUUGUUUUGAAAUACGAUUUUUUUUAUUUCAACUCUUGAACAGAGUGUUCGUUUUUGUGAGAAUUUGUAAACUAUAUAACGAAACUUUCUGCUGAACAACUUCGUCGAAGACCGUAACCUAGUAUCUUAUCAGAUAAUGGAGUUUAAAUAUGUUGAAUGAAUUGAAAUUUAAUUAUACACAAAAAAUUAUGGAUGAGUUUUGAACCAAAUGAAAGGUUUUUGAACCUUAGAUUUAGGUUACUUGUCAUUAAAUAGUUCAUAUAGCUUUCGAUGUUUUGUUUAUUUGUUGUUAUUGAAAAGAUUUGCGUUUGGCAAUGAUCCUUUCAUUUCUAUCACGCAAAUUAAAAAGAUGAAAACUGGUUAAAGAUUCAUUGCAUCGAACUAGACACAACAAAAAUCUGAACUACCUAAAGAAAUCAGAUGCAGCCAUAGCAUUCAUGCUAUAAAUAAUUGUUGAAUAUUUUUAUGUUAUUGAUAUAAGUUUUAAUUAACUAUAUUUGAAUUUUCCGAUGUUUUGUGUGUACUGUAAGUCCCAAAAACAUAAAAUCAACAAAAAAAAAAUAUGAAUAAUUUUUCGGUGUACGUUUUUUUUUAUCAAUAGCUAGAGGUUAGCGAUUAGCGCUUUAGGUUUAAGCAAUAAAUUUUUCAGCAUGCGGUUUUAAUAAGCGAUCGCUAACUUUGACUGAGUUAGCGAUUUUAAUAGCAGCGCUAAUUUUUCUGUUAGCAAUGCCCAACAUUGAGAUUAAGGAAUUAAAACUAUUAGAAAAAUUUGUGCCGGUCAUUGCUUAGAAAAUACGUGCUAGUUGAUAAAUCCAUCAUUACAAUACGUUGUUGGCAUUUAUAUCUUUCAAAAUGAAAAUAAUUACAAAUACCAAAUAUUUGUAGGCACGGUUUAGCUUCAAAUAAUUAAAACCUUUCUAAAAUAAUAAUAACAGAAUCUCAAUCCGACCCUGCAACGUUCUGGACCUUGUUUGUACUGUACAAGUUCUCCCAAAGUGCUGAACGACAUGUCCUUUUGCAAACUUUGUGCUGCCUAUGAAAAUAUUCUAGGUACGUUUGUUGGGAUAGGACAAUUCAUAACCAAGAACUGCCUUUCCUCAGCAAAGAUUGUCCGCUGGAUGUUGGCCGGAACAGAGAGCCAAUGCGCUUCAAGGAAAGACACGCACGACAUCCAGGAUUAUUUGGAAGGGGCUUAUUCCGGAACAUACCUAUAGGAUCUGGUACAAAUACAUAGGUACAGACAGACACUUCUAGAGGUUCCAGGUUCAGCUGGUCGGUCGUCUCGUGUCGUUUUGUGAUUGCUGCUGUAGUGACAAAAUUUCCAUGUUCUGGAAGGACCUAAUCGCUGUAAGUCAACCCGCCACACCCUCUAGACUAGAUCCCGGCCAAGACUUCGCCCUCGUUUCGGACAAUCUACAUACAUGUACCUACAGGGCCAUUACAAAAGGGACGUCGCAUUUUGCUGGCCGCUGGAGAUAAAAUUUGUCCCAACAAACAUUUUCUGUGUAUCUCACUGUGUAGGUUGUGUAAGCUGAUUUGCCACUUGUAGCCAGCAAUUCUAUCGGAAAAGGAUUCCCAGUUUUGGGAAGUUGUUGAAACAAUCUAAUGAGGAUUGCUAUGGACCGAUUGAGGAUUCUAAGCGGUUGAAAUUUGGCUGUUCAAAUGUUGUGACGUAUGUUUGAGUCAUGACGAAAAAACAAAUAUGUAUUGCAUCUUUAAGUUCACUUGUUUUAAAGAUAAGAAAAAAUUGCAAAUAGGAUAAUCUCAUGAUGGAAUUGAAUUGAAUUUUUAGUCAUUUUUUCUGCUUAUAGUUUCUUAAGGGGGGGGUAGGGUCUAACACUUUAAAAAAAUCGAUUUUUUUAUUUUUUUAUUUUCUUAUUGUAAAACAUUUCAAGAAUGUUGUGUCAAAUUUUCAAGUCAAUUGAAGCAAAACUGUAGAAGUUAUAGGCCUUUAUCUCCUCCUAUCUAAUACUGCAAGAAAGAAAGAGCAGAAACUUCAAACGCGUUUUUCUCAAAAGCACAUUUUUAAAGUCCGUGGACAUCGUCAUUUGAAAACUACUUAUCCGAUUCUUUUCAAAUUUGGAACAUAUUUUCUACAUAUAAAAUACCAGACCCCAACGUUUUUCUUUUUUGAUUUUUUUACUUUGGGGAGAUUUUAGAGGUGAAAAAUGGCGGAUUUUUAAGUGAAAAAUCGUAGUUUUUACUUCAAACAGCCACAAAAAUUUCAUAAAAAUAUUUUUAAGUUAAAUAAAAACGUUGGGGUCCAGAAAAACAUCUAUUAAAAAUAUUUUGCUCUGAUUUUUUCACUUCAGAUGAUUCUGUGCUGAGAUACAGUGUCCACCGCAAAUCCUGUUUUCUAAAAGGCAUCCUCGAAAAUGCUCCGUCACCGGCUCAUUUUUCAAUAUUUUUCUACGAAAAAAUUACUAAAUGUUCUUUUAACAAUGCUUUGUAUAAUGCAAAAAAUUUGAAUACAUUUGUUUGAACGAUAGCUCUAGGAAAAAAUCGUGAAAAUGGUGUUUUUUUUUAUACCCGUUAGACCCUACCCCCCCCUUAAUGUAGCAAUUGUUGUCUUAAUUUUAAAAGCUGAUCUCCUGGCCAAAAAGAUAAAUAAAUAAAUAUAGAAAGGAAAGAAGGCAAGUGAUAUAACAUAUUAGAUACUGGAUAUUUCAUUGUUAAUAGAUUGUUUAGAACAUAUAGCAUCCAAAAUAUAAGGCAAUAAAAUUCACAUU